AUGAUCACGAGCUCGUAUCGGGCAACGCUCUUGUCCCUGUAUCUGAACAGAAACUAUUUGUUGGUAUCCACGGCGCUGAACAAUCAAUAUCGCACGCCACAAAUCCCACCCAGGAUGAGCACGCAAGGAAGAACAAACAACUCUUCAGCGGUGAAAUCUGACCAUGUCUAUUUCGACGAGGGGCACGAUUCCCCUACUCGCGAACAUGCACCCUCGCAGCGAGAGUUUAUGAAUGCUAUCCCAGAAGCGGCGCCUCAGCUAAAUAGUGCAAAGGAACCCUACCGUUCAUUCAACGUCUUCAAAGAUGUAGCACUUGGUACAAAUGCCUGGAGCUUUUGCCUUCAAGUUCACCCGUCUGGGGGACUUGCUCAAUCUCCAAGCCCAGUAUAUCACACCUUGUGCAUCCCGUGGUAUCGCCAAGGCCUUUAUUUGCCAGCCUCCUUUAGUCUUUACUCUGGUGGUAAUGUUGUGCGCAGCCGGAAAGAUCCAUCUCCGGAGCCUCAAGACCACCGCGCAAACAUUCACUACCGUGGCUUUGAAGGUCUGCUAGGUCUCCAUGUGACGGUAGACAUCUUCCGCCAAGUAGGUUCUAAUGUCCUUCAAAAUGAGCUUCUAGCCUCUGUGGAGAGUUCUCCGGACCUUGUCAAGCACUGCUCAGUGGACAUUGUUCGGAAGGGAAUGGGUAGGACUUACCGUGUUGGGAUUACUAGUGGCGGGGCUGUCAAAACAUUCUACUGGAAAGGGUCCAAGGCUGCAUUGUCUCUCCUUGAAACGGAAGGGAAAGGCGCUGGUCCUAGUGAUGGGAACGGCAACCUAAAGUUCUUUGCUGCGGAUAAACCAGAUGAUAUUCUUGCGGUGUGGCAGAAUAGAACCGAUCGACAACUUCUAGGUUCUUUGAACGUUAUCGCCGAGCUUGAUGCUGAUUUGGAUGGGAUCCUUGAAGGGUUGGUGGUGAGUUGCCUGGCAGUGGUUGUUGCAGAAAGAGUUUCCGGGCGAGGGUGGGUAGGUGGCCUGGGGAAGUCAAGGAAUUCUUAGGAAUUGAGUCGGAUCUGACCACACAUGGGAGGUAUAAGUAGAGCAAGUGUGAGUGGCUACCUGUUAUUUAUCAAAUUGGCUGUAUCUCCACGUAGUGAAAGACCUGGGAUGGCGGCCUAAAUAAAAUACUCGGCCACCUUGCAACUAGCAAACAACGAACCUGCCUAUGUAUGCUCAAUUAUUA